AACCGUAUCGAGUAACUUUGACUCUUCCGCUAAAUAACUUAAAACGACACUUGGUUCAAAGAUGUCACCUCCGCUCUUGUUCUCCACAAUUGAAGUUACAAGACAAGCGUUCUACAGGACAGCGCUGUCGUACGCCAUCGUCAAUCUCAAGCCAAUCGUGCCAGGACACGUGCUUGUAAUCCCCAAUCGACCUGUACCGCGCUUGACGGAUCUCACUACAGCAGAGUUAACAUCCCUCAUCGCUUCUGUCCAAAAUGUCGGUCGAGUGGUCGAGCGAGCGUACGGCGGUGACGCGUUGACCGUGGCAUGCCAGGACGGAAAGGCUGCAGGACAGUCUAUACCUCACGUCCACUUCCAUAUCAUGCCUCGGAAAUACCACGGAGACUACUUUUCGCAGAGAAUGGAUGAUAUAUAUCCUGCAUUGGAGCAAUCGGAAGCGGACUUGCCCCGCGACUUACAAAAUAUCAAAGUGUCUAGCACCACGGUGCAACAUCACCAGUUCAAAGUCGAUGCAGACGAGGACAGGUUGCCGCGGACGCUGGAAGACAUGGAACAGGAGGCGACAUGGCUGAGAGGUUUCUUUACAUGAUCCCAACGCAGUGCAAUGCUACGCGCCCAUUCUGCUGCAAUCUGGGAGGUUUAAAUACAUAGGAUAAAUCUAAGCGUCUAGAGGAAGGUGUGUCUAUCCUGACCUAGAUCGUAUCAUUCCAGACAUUCCAAGCAAUAUUAUGACCGCAACCCU